CUGAGGCACAGGGACCAUAAGGAGCCGUCUGGGACUGCACUUUGUACUCACAGUGGAUGCUGCUCUCUAUUCCAUGGAUCUGAUCUUCUCCCUCUAAACCUGCAGGAUUUGUCCCCAUUUAUUGCUCCCUGCCUGGGAGUUGCCACAUUGCUUUUCUCUUGGAUCCUUCUCUGGACGUUGCACACAUGUUGGUACACGCGUACUCUGCCAUGGAUCGCUCUGAAGCGCUGAAUGGAGCAGCCAGUGGCGGCCGACUUUCCCAGCUCUCAUCGCUCAACCAGGGGCCCUACAGCUCGGCCCCUCCACUAUGCCACACGCCAGCUUCGGACUUUCAGCCCCCCUACUUCCCUCCCCCGUACCCCCAACCUCCUUUAUCUUACUCCCAGAGUCAGGAGUCCGGAUACCCACACCUUGGGGACCCCUACAGCAGCAUCAACUCCAUUCACCAGCACCAGCAGCCAUCCUGGCACACCCCGCGGAGCCGGCAGGAAGAGACAGGGCUCCUGUCCCAAACGCACAGGGGGCUUAGUUUGGACCCAAGGAGAGACUACGGGGGGAUGUCCCGCCUUAUCCCUGGUUUGACAGAUGGGGGGCACAGCCUGGCAGACAGCUCCCUGUCCAUCCAUGCCCUUUCUCAUCACAGCUUGGAAGACAUGCAGUCUUUGGACGAAUCAGGUGUCAGUAUAUUGGACCAGUCGGUGAUUAAAAAAGUUCCCAUUCCAUCAAAGAACAACGGCAGCAUGAUGUCCGCCCUAUCCAUGCAUAAAGAAAGUCUUAUCGGCGGGGUGACUAAUCCAAAUGAAGUUUUCUGCUCAGUCCCUGGACGUUUGUCCCUCUUGAGUUCCACUUCAAAGUACAAAGUGACAGUGGGAGAGGUUCAAAGGCGUCUUUCACCCCCAGAGUGCCUCAAUGCAUCUCUUCUUGGAGGCGUUCUCAGGAGGGCAAAGUCAAAGAAUGGUGGACGCUGCCUCCGAGAACGGUUGGAAAAGAUUGGACUGAAUUUACCAGCAGGGAGGCGCAAAGCAGCAAACGUGACUCUAUUGACGUCACUCGUGGAAGGUGAGGCUGUACAUCUUGCACGGGAUUUCGGCUACGUCUGUGAAACCGAGUUCCCAGCUAAAGCUGCUGCUGAAUACCUCUGCCGGCAGCAUUCUGAUCCCACAGAGCUCCAUGCAAGAAAAAACAUGUUGCUUGCAACCAAGCAGAUCUGCAAGGAGUUUGCUGACUUGUUAGCCCAGGAUCGCUCCCCUCUUGGGAACAGUCGUCCAUCCCUCAUACUGGAGCCGGGUGUUCAGAGCUGCCUGACACACUUCAGCCUAAUCACACAUGGCUUUGGUGGGCCAGCCAUAUGUGCUGCCCUCACAGCUUUCCAGAACUAUCUACUGGAAUCACUUAAAGGAAUGGACAAGAUCUUCAUGAGUAGCACAGGAAAUGGACACUCAGCAGCAGAAUCCAAAUCAUCGGAAAAGGACAUUAAGCAUCGGAAAUAGCCACUAGGUGCGAGGAGCCAAGAUGGAAGGUGGCUGGAAAAGGGAAGGUGAUUUCUGUAAGAGAAAAGACUUUCUUCUUUGGAUAUUCCAGGAGAUGAACUGAAUACAUGUCCACUUUACUAACUGAAUUGACAGUUUUAUGUAAUAAAAUUAGUCCAUAAGGUGGAAGGACAGAAAUUGAAUUGCAUCAUGCUGGGCUGGUGUAGAGGUCCCUCUGCAGAAUAAAAAGGGGGCAAACUCCAGUUUUAUCUAAAGAGAAUAAUAAUGGACAGUUACAACAAUUUAAAAAAACAGGAUUCAGCAUUGAGAUUCCCAUCAGUCCUAUCUAAAACCAGCACUGGUGCUAUGUGGGUUUGUGGAAACACAACUUUGAUCCCGAGUACACAUGCAAGUCAAAACUUUGCACUGCCAUUUACUGCCAUUUUACUUUGACUUCACAAUACAUAGAAAAUUUAAUAAAUAAUGUGAGCCAUAUUUUACUUUUGCUGAGCCAGGGCCUAUAAAAUGAAAGAGGGCCCAAGAUACUGGCUGGCAGCUGAAUUUUUUGGGAAGCCCCCAUGUGGCCUGAGGAUCCUGUUUUUGGCAUCCAAGUAUGUUGCACAGUUAAAAAAUAAAUCCUUACAUAGAUAAUUUUCUGUGUUUGUAAAUGUGUUUAGAGGUGUUUUAUAGAUUAUACCCAAGGUCCUUUUAUUUGGCCCACCUUCAAGACACCCAAUCUGUAGGACCCUUACCUUCUACAUGACCCAUACUGAUUAGGAUUUACUGUGCUCCUCGUUUGACCCUUUUAUUAUGAAAUAUUAUUAUGAAAUAGUAUUGCCCUGAUUCAGACUAUUAAUUAAGCACAUCACAAUCAUUCUGGCAGUUUUUUUUAAAUCUCUUGUUAUUAUUUAAACCUAGAAGACAUCCUUAUUCCCAGUGAGUAUGAACUUUUUGCUAAUUAACCUUUUGGGCCUAAGGAGGAAAAGAACAUGUCACUUGCUUCAGUCUGGGUCCAACUGUUUACAGUACAAAAAAUACUUUUUCUCAAAAGCUUGACACCAAGGAACUAGCAUUGGGAAAUGCCUUUGGGUUACUGAUUCACCGGCCAAAUGAACACUAGAGAGACUUUUGUACAUAUUUAUUUAUGUGUAAUUAUAUGGGGGUGUUUAAAAGAUGUUCAGUGCAAGUUAUUUAUAAUCAGAGUGAAUUUGGGAUAUUGUUAUUAAUAUUUGGGAUAUUUACCCCACCCUACACCAGGCGGGGGGUGCUAAAGCAUUCUGGAGGAUUAGUCAUUUCACAGACACCUCUGUUGUUGUAAAAAAAAACACAAAGAAAAAAAAAUGAAAACACCUUGUCAUUAAUAAAAAAAAAGUAAAAAUCAGUUUAAAGUCA